GGUUUCACCCUCGCAUAUAGACGACGGUAAGUCCGUGACUAGAAUGGAACAGCUGACCGGUGAGCAGGAGGACCUGUGCCUGGAGCUCACCCUCCGCCCCAUGGCGUCCGAGCCCCGCCCCGGCUUCUUCCUCUGCGUGUACUGCAACCGCAAGUUCGUCACCUCGCAGGCGCUCGGCGGCCACCAAAACGCACAUAAGCACGAGCGCAACGUCGCCAAGCGCCGCCGGCAAGCCGCUGCCGCUCGGCAGGGUGCGCCUGCUGCAGCGCCAGACGAGAGGCUGCCCUGGCACGGCGGCGGUUUCAUGUCUGCGGCCGGGACGGCUGCUCCUGCUGUCAAGGCGCACAAGCACGGCAGGAGCAGGCCGGAGCACGGUGGCGCCAUGGUCGACGUCGACUUGUCUCUUCGUCUAUGAUAGGUCUGCUAACUGGUCCCUGAUCUCCAGAUGCAAUAGCGGGCAUCCGCUAGCUCUUUCGGUACUAUACUUUUGUAACAAUGCGGAUGCCCAAUCGAUCGAUGGGGACUGUAUAGCUUCUGGCUAUAGUUACUGCAAGGCUGCAACAGCCACUCGGAGAAAUUGUGGUGGAAAUUACAGCAUGAAAACAUUACUAUGUACUACCUCCGUUUCAAAAUAAUUGAAGUUCUAUGUUUAUCCUAA